AUGGGCGGCAAGAAGUGGCGAUGGGGUGUUAUACUCGACGCCGGAUCCUCCGGAACCAGGUUACAUAUCUACCGAUGGAAAGACCCAGAGAAGGCGCUCAAGGGCGCAUCAAAACAUGAUCUCGCCAGUUUGCCAAAAUUGAUGACAGAAAAGAUAUGGACGAAAAAGAUCAGGCCGGGAAUCUCGACAUUUGGGGAGAAGGUUGACCAGGUCGGCCCGGGUCACCUCCAGUCCCUGAUUGACCAUGCGCUCGAGAUCAUCCCCAAGGACAAGAUCAGGGACACCCCGAUAUUCUUAAUGGCGACGGCCGGUGUGCGCCUGCUUCCCGCGGUUCAACAAUCAGCCUUAACGCGCGAGGUCUGCUACUACCUACGAUCGAACACACAAUUUUCGUUGCCAGACUGCGACAUGCACAUUCAAGUUAUCAAGGGGGAAACAGAAGGAUUGUAUGGCUGGAUAGCCUCAAACUACCUCCUUGGCGGCUUCGACAACCCCGAUAAGCACCAGCAUGGAAAAGGUCACCACACAUAUGGGUUCCUCGACAUGGGCGGUGCCUCGGCGCAAAUCGCCUUUGCCCCCAACGCCACCGAAGCAGAAAAGCACGCCGACGACCUCAAGCUCUUACGAUUACGAACACUCGAUGGCUCCCCUGUGGAAUACAAAGUAUUCACCACGACCUGGCUCGGCUUUGGCGUAAACCAAGCCCGUGAAUCCUACGUCGAAUCUCUCGAAGAUUUGUAUCCAUCUUCCUCCACCGAACUCCCUGACCCUUGCUUGCCAAAAGGCCUGAGAACCACCCUCGACGGUGUCCCGGUAAAAACCCCCAAGCCGAAAAACACCAUCCUCAUCGGCACCGGCCACUUUGACGAGUGCCUUAAGAAAACCUACCCCCUCCUCGGCAAAGACAAACCCUGCAGCGACAACCCCUGCCUCAUCAACGGGCAGCACGUCCCCGCCAUUGACUUUGAUGUCAACCACUUCAUCGGCGUCUCUGAAUACUGGCACACCACCCACGGCGUGUUUGGCGGCAAAGACGACAAGGCCUACGACUUUACCACCUACCAAAAGAGGGUAAAAGACUACUGCAGCAAGGACUGGACGUCCAUCUCGAAAGGGUUGAAUCCGAAAAAGGAGCAUGCCGCCAAGAAUGCGCAGGAGGCGUGCUUCAAGGCGAGCUGGUUGAUCAAUGUGCUGCAUGACGGGAUUGGGGUGCCGAGGAUAGGGAUGGAGGAUUUACCCCAGGUUAAUGUGUCCAAGGGCACGCAGGGGGCGUUGGAACAUGCGAAAGAAAAGGGGUUUUUGGAGCCGUUCCAGGCGGUAGAUAAGAUUGAUGGGAUUGAGGUUAGUUGGACGUUGGGGAAGAUGGUGCUUUACGCUGCUGGGCAGGUGCCGCCGAAGAGUGGGGAUGAUGGGUACCCUGUGGGAUUUGGGAGUAAUGUUGUGAGCGGGAAGGCGGUGCCGGAUGAUUUUCAGUUUGCGGGCUCGAGCUGGAGGCCAUUGGGCGGUGAUAAUGGGAAGCAUCAUAAUGGCACGGUGGGGGGGGAUGACGAUGACUGGGAUUUGGACGCGGAGGAUAUUUUGGAUCGGGCGAGGACGAGGGGAGGGCAGAUGGGGUUUUGGGUGUUUUUGGGGUUGGUGGGGUUGGUGAUGUGGUGGUUUAGGAAACGGGAGAGGAGGAUGAGGGUUUACAGCCGGGUGAGGGGCUUGACGAGGCGGAGGAGGAGUCAUACCGGAAAGUAUGUACCUGGUGGGAAUAGGAGUCCGUUGACGAAACUCACUACCAAGCUCUUUGGGGGGAGAUCGUCAAGUGGGGGUUAUGAGAGGGUGAUGGAGGAAGGGGAGCUCGAUCGGUUUGAGCUGGGGGAUGUUGCAUCUAGCAGCGGCAGUGGGGAGUAUUCUGAUGAGGACUCGAGCAGUGACCACUCCCGCGGAUCGAAAGCCGGAUCUCAGUUUGGGAGGAGCUCGGGCCUGGCGACGCCUACUGCUACGAGCGGGGGUGGGCUGGGUGGGGGGUAUGGGUUUGAGACUGUGACGACGAUGGGAGGGGGGAUGUCGGCGCUGAAUAGGAGCGGGUUAGUGGUGAGGACGGAUAGUAGGGAGCGGUUGAGCCUGCCGUUGAGUGGGGGUGUGGGAGGGGUGACUGGGAGGAGGAGCAGGGCGGGGAGUCCGACUAGGAUGAAGAGUCCUUUGGGGGGAGGGAUAUCACCGCUGGAUGACAGGUGA